CUAAUUAAGCCAAGAGAAAGCUCUUAUCUUAGUGAUCUCCAAAAUUUGGCCAUGGCCAUAGCAGGUGCCUAUAGUGUAAGAACCCCAGCAGUGCCCGACUGGCUAAACAAAGGCGACAACGCAUGGCAGCUCACAGCAGCCACAUUUGUAGGCCUACAGAGCAUGCCAGGCCUUGUCAUCCUCUAUGCCAGCAUAGUCAAGAAGAAAUGGGCAGUCAACUCAGCCUUCAUGGCUCUCUACGCCUUCGCCGCCGUGCUCAUCUGUUGGGUUCUUGUAGGCUAUCGCAUGGCCUUCGGCGAUCAGCUCCUCCCGUUUUGGGGUAAAGGAGCACCUUCUCUAGGCCAGAAAUUCCUCAUCAACCGCGCCAAAGUGCCCGAAAGCACUCAUGUUCACGACGAUGGAACGGUGGAGACCCCAAUGGUUGAGCCCUUUUACCCCAUGGCCUCGCUUGUCUACUUCCAGUUCACUUUUGCAGCCAUCACUCUUAUUUUGCUUGCUGGCUCUGUUCUUGGGCGCAUGAACAUCAAGGCAUGGAUGGCUUUUGUCCCUCUUUGGCUUAUCUUCUCCUACACUGUUGGAGCCUUUAGUCUCUGGGGUGGAGGCUUCCUCUAUCACUGGGGUGUCAUUGACUACUCCGGUGGCUAUGUCAUCCAUCUCUCCUCCGGCAUCGCGGGUUUCACCGCAGCUUAUUGGGUUGGUCCAAGGUUGAAGAGUGACAGGGAGAGGUUUCCACCAAACAAUGUCUUGCUCAUGCUUGCUGGUGCUGGGAUGCUGUGGAUGGGCUGGUCAGGCUUCAACGGAGGGGCCCCUUAUGCUGCAAAUAUUGAUGCAUCAAUAGCUGUUUUGAACACAAACAUAUGUGCAGCUACAAGCCUCCUUGUGUGGACGUCUCUGGAUGUCGUCUUCUUCGGCAAGGUCUUCUCGCGCAAGCCAGCAGUGAUCGGAGCUGUUCAGGGCAUGAUGACGGGGCUUGUCUGCAUCACACCUGGGGCAGGGCUAGUCCAGUCGUGGGCCGCUAUAGUGAUGGGCAUGCUCUCUGGUAGCAUUCCUUGGGUUUCCAUGAUGGUCCUUCACAAAAAGUCUGCCCUAUUGCAAAAGGUGGAUGACACCCUAGGAGUAUUUCACACACACGCAGUGGCAGGGCUCUUGGGGGGACUGCUGACUGGGCUUUUUGCAGAGCCAGCUCUGUGCGGGCUUAUACUGCCGGUAGGCGACAGCAGAGGAGCAUUCUAUGGAGGCAAUGGAGGGAUGCAGUUUCUGAAACAAUUGGUUGCAGCCAUGUUUGUGACUGCUUGGAACAUAGUCUCCACCACAAUUAUACUUUUGGCGAUUAGGGUUUUCAUACCUCUGAGAAUGCCUGAGGAGCAGCUUAUUAUUGGAGACGAUGCUGUUCAUGGAGAAGAGGCUUAUGCUCUUUGGGGUGAUGGAGAAAAAUAUGACCCAACAAAACAUGGCUGGAAUACAUCAGUGUAUGGGGAAGAAACGGCACCGUCUCCAUAUAUCAAUGGUGCAAGAGGUGUAACCAUUAAUUUGUAGAUCACUGAGUGGGAGGCAUGUAGCAUAUGAUCACUUAAUUAUUAUGUACCUAUAUGUAACCUGUAAGUAGAAGUUUUGAAUAAUUUACCGAAAAACAGAAAGAAAAAAAAAGUUGAAAUUUGUGAAUUGUGA